GAUGGAAUAUUCAAUGCAUACCAAAAUGAUCCUAUAAUAUUGAACCAAUUAAUUUCACAAUCUUCAUAUCAAAUGUUAUUUCAAAUACCAAUUGUAAGGAACAUCAUAAAGAUGAAGUCAAUUUAAAUAAAACUAGUCAUUCAAUUGAAUUCGAAAUAGCUUGUUAUCAACAUGGUUCAACUAAUAGUUUGACGGCGAUAUUAGCCAUAAUUUUGAAUAAUCAUUUCACUAAUGUAAAUGAUCUUAUCCAAAAACAAAUGGAAACAUUAACUAAAAGAAUAAAGAAAUCAGAUGAACAAAUUGCUAAAGAUGAUGAAAAGAGGUAUGAAUUAGUUGAACAUGUUUGGUUAUUAGGCAAUGAAGCUAAAUAUGAAUGGGAUGAUAAAGUUGAUUCAUUUGUUAAUUGUGAAACCAAAUUAAGAAUUCGAGAUGAUUUCUACUCAUAUGUAUCUUUUUUUGAAUUAUAGAACUGGUAGUUUAAUUGAAACUGAUUUUAUCAAUAUUAGACCGAUCCAAGGUGGAUCCAUUAAUGAUAGAGGAAAUUUUAAUUCUCAAGUAUAUUUAGUUGAUUAUGUUGGUCCUGGAGUUCUUCAAAAUAAGGAAAUGUUACUUAAAGUUUAUAAUCCAGUUUUGGCCUCAAAUAGAUUCAGUGAAAGUACAAGGGCAAGCUUUCUACAAAGAUUAUCCAACUGUCUUAUUAUGUUUGCUACUGAAGUUUUCUGCUAUAAGAUAUUAAAUGAGAAUGGACCCGAUGAAGUUAAUGUUUCAUCUUUUGGAUUUGAUUCAGAGAGUGAGACAAAUUAUGUACCACAAAUGUACCAAUAUGGAUUUCUCAAAUGGAAAGCUCCUCAAAUUGGUUUUUUCAUCCUACAAGAAUAUAUUAAACCUGAGAGAGUAGAAUCAAAAUCAAAAGCUAUAGAGCUAGCCACAACAUCAUUGGAGUUCAUUCAUAAUAAGGAUAUAAUCCAUGAAGAUAUCAAAGAAUCAAAUUUUAUAUUCGGGAAUGGAAGGUGUUAUUUCAUUGAUUUUGGUUUGGCUAGAGUAGAAAGAUUCAUUCUUUAUGGUAACGGAUUAUUUAAUUAUCUUAAAGAAAACGAAUUAGAUAAUUUAAAAUAUGUUAUCAGUAACCUUGAGAUUUAA